AUGGAGGGCCCCCGGCCGGGGGGGCCCAUUUUGGAGGGGCCCCCGGUUGAGGCCCCCUUACCCCGAGGCCUUCUCCCCACGGAGGAGAGGAAGGCGUUAAACAAGGAGUGUUCUGCAAUUCUAGACAAGACGAGGCGUUUCUGGAUCAGUUUGGCACUCAUGGAUGCUCAGCUGUUUCUCCUGAAGCCGGGAAAGACACCAACUCCGAGGGUCUUCUUAGCCAGCAGGCGACGAGUCCGGAAGCGUCAAGACCCCGAUCCUUUUGCUGCUGCCGCCAGGCCCCCCCAGCACCUGCCUCUCCCUCCGCGCGUCGGGGCAGACGGCAGGCAGGAGCCGGCCCAAGUUGCAGCUGCAUGCGUUCCCGAAGUCUCGAGAACCCCCGGGGAGUCGUUCCGAAGAGAGGCUCUCUGGGGGAGCGCGCGCAGUGAGGCCCCUAUGCAGGGAGGCUCCGAGAUACAGAAGCCUCCGCUCGCCGCCGCCGCUCCGGAGACGCCUGGGGCCUCUGCAGGCUCCCCGUCAGGCCUGGCAGAAAUUUUGAAGGGGCAUGUGGCAGCGCAGCGCUGGAUGCAGCAGCGGUUGUGGGUUGCUCUGACGAAGAGGCAGUGGCCGCUGUUUGAUCGUCUUCUGAGCAACUAUUGGCGCUGCGGCCUAAACUACGAUGAAGUGACAUACACUCUCAAGCUGCACGGCUACAUCCUUUCCCACAGGAAAAAGCCAGAGAAAGCUUUUCUUGUGCUAGAGGAAAUGAAGGCCGCAAAAAUGCACCCUGCCAUUAUUCGUCUUAACGAGGGCAUCAUAAUAUCCCAGAUGGAGCUGCAGGAUAUCUUCUGCGCCCUCCCGGCAGACGCCUACCAGAAUCUGUGUCGCUUGGCUUUCCAUUCUGCCAUCAAGGUCCAGAGACAGAGGAGGAUCCGGCUCCGGGAACGCCUCAUGGCGACCUCUCCAGAACAGCUUUUCGCCUUAACGUACCGCGAUGUCGUGGCGCUGCUUGAUGCCCAGGAGAAGGCCCUUUGUUUCCCUGAUGAAACCUUGGCUCUAAUUGACGCAGACCGCUGGAACGAUGCCCCCUCUCUGGAAGGCAAUCAAGCCUUUCUUGCUGCCCUUAAUGAGGCUCUGGGCCUCGAGGCUCCUGGUUCUCCAGAGGCUUCAGGAGCGCUGGAGGAUUCAGAGGAUCCUGGUGAAUCCCUUGCGGGGAUCGAGAGCCCAGUAGGGGAGCUAAAUCUGCCGGAUUGGCUAGGCAAAGAGGAGCUGUUGGACUUCAGCCUUCCAGAUUCAUCUGAGGAGCUGAGGGCUCUGGAAGAUUCCGCAGUGGUGCAUGCUCAUGCCAAGGCGGGCACGGAGGAGCCUGCGAAAUGUGUGUCGAAUACCGUCACACCACGAGGCUGUGCCCCACGACAAGGGGCAUUAGACACGAACGGCACGGAGAUGCCAUCCUCCGCAGCAGGGCACUCCCAUAUUGCUCCUCGCUCGGAGAAGACGCCUGCGGCAGGCGCUCUCUCCGACUUGCGCCUGCUCUCCCAACCCUUAGAGAUCAGUGCCAACCCACGUCCCAUCGAUUGGCCAUGUACGCCUCGGAUGGCGUUUCAAGGGAAGUCACAGGGCCAGGGUGGCCGCGGGAGCAAAAAGAAUAGGCGUAAUCCGUAA